AUGUCGCCGCUGCCGAGAUGCUUCUUCGACAUGAGCGUCGGCGGCACCCCCGCGGGGAGGAUCGUCUUCGAGCUCCGCGUCGACGUCGUGCCGAGGACGUGCGAGAAUUUUCGCGCGCUGUGCACGGGCGAGAAGGGCGUCGGGCGAUCGCGCAAGCCGCUGUCCUACAAAGGGAGCGCGUUCCAUCGCGUCAUCCCCGACUUCAUGUGCCAAGCCGGGGAUUUCACGAACGGCGACGGCACGGGCGGGGAGAGCAUCUACGGCGCCAAGUUCGCGGACGAGAACUUCCGCCUGCGGCACGUCGGCCCGGGCGUGCUUUCCAUGGCGAACGCGGGGCCCGACACGAACGGCUCGCAGGCGCGUCCCAUCUCACGCUGGUCCCCGUGCGACCCCUUCUUCAUCUGCACCGCGAAGACGGAGUGGCUCGACGGCAAGCACGUCGUGUUCGGGAGCGUCGUCGACGGCAUGGACGUCGUGCGCUUCAUCGAGCGCGUCGGGAGCAAGAGCGGGAAGACGGCGAAGAGAGUCGUCGUGACGGAUUGCGGCGAGCUCGACCCGGAGCUCGACGACGGCGGCGCCGCCGGCGUGACCGCAGCGGCGAGGGAGGUGGCGGCGCGUCGCCGCGCGGAGGAGGAUGAAGCCGCGCGGAGGACGAUGCUCGUGGGGCAGGAGGAUCCCGACGUCGCGUCCGCGCGGCGGUUGAAGCGGAUGCGGGAGGCCGCCGCGGGGAAGUCGUGGAACGCCGCGGGCGGGGCGACGGAGCCGCCGCGCGUCGGCGGACUCAGGUGCGUUCUGUACACUGGUCCCCAUACGACCGCGUUCGCGUGGUGA